AUGGAUACUGAGCAAGAUCAAUCAAAGUUAGUAUGUACUACCCACGAAAAUGCGGCGGUACCAAGUGGACCCGAGGGCCCCAAGCAGGCGGAGAAAGUUGCUUCUGACGCAAAGGGACUUUAUGAUGCCACAGUGACCCUAUCUAACACAAUGAUAGGAGUGUCUAUCCUCACGUUCCCAUACACGGUUUAUAGGUUGGGGUGGGUUAUCUCUGCAGUUUUGCUAGCAGGUGCCUUCCUAUAUUCCGUACUGGGGUUUAACGCCAUAAUUGACGCAGCCUACUUCACGCAAGAGCGCUCUCUAAAAGCAAUAGUGCAAAUAGUGACUAACAAGCAUACGGCGAUAACCACAGAUGUCGUUAUGAUCAUUCACAUGAUUGGUGUGUUGGUAGUGUAUACGAGUAUAUGCGGUGAUUAUUUCCAUUCCUCGAUCGUCGGGUUUAGCUAUGGAAAGUUUCAGCUAGACGCCCGCUAUGUCAAGGUCAUCGUUGCCAUACUCCUCGUACCCUUUAUGUUUCUUAGAGACGCGUCGAAGCUCUCGCGCAUCGGGAUAUUUUCAACUCUAUUCAUUAUGAUCACUGUUGCUAGCACAGCAGUGUACUUUAUUGUCUUUAUGAUCCGCGGCACGGUGACCUAUGCGGGCACGGUUGAAGGGGCAAUUGUGGAGCUAAAAGAUCCUCAUGGCCACAUGACCACCUCAUCCAAAGCAACGAUAUCAUCUCUGAUCUCGCCUCUGGGCACCAUAAUAGAGUGCCCCACGGAGGGAUGCAAGAUGAAGUUUCCCAAUCCCUUACUGAUUGCCUUUCCAGCACACACAAUACCUUGGCAGGCCUUCCUCGAAAUAGUGAGGAGAGUGAGCAUCUUCCUAGCUCUCUUUGGCUGCCAGAUUAGUAUUGCUCCCCUGUUGGCAGAGCUGAAGGGGAGUCCAGUCAAGAGACGAAGAAUCUUUAGGAAGUCUCUAUUCAUAUCUGCUCUUAUGGUGCUUAUCCUUCAAGUGAUCAUGGCUGUUGCUGCAGCGUUUUCUUUUGGGGACAAGUUGCAGUCUAAUGUUCUUUUGUCGUUUCCGUCGGUAGAGAUUUAUAUGACAGUCAUUAAGCUUCUCUAUGCAUGUGUCCUAUUUAUUAUAUUUGUUUUAAAAAUGUUUCCAAUCCGUUAUGUUAUUUUAGGUUGGUUCAGAUUGACUAUAGACACAAGAAAAGGAAAGAUAAUUUUUUACAUAUUGGGAUUGCUGAUAGUUACAAUGGCAACUCUACUCUCUAUUUUUGUGCCAAACAUAGACACAGUAUUCAAUGCAAUCAGUGCGUUAUUCGGUAUAGUCACCUAUUGGCUUGUACCCCUUCUCCUGGUGUAUAAAAGGCCAUAUUUAGAAGCUACCAGCGUGAACACGCUUUUGGGCGAGCCCACUAAGGGAAGUAAAAAGAGAAGACACCAAAAUCGCGUGUUGGUUGACGACCAUGAGAACCAGCAACUUUUGGAGGAGGAUGAUGUUGCCGUUGAAAGUGGUGUACGCUAUUCCAGAGAACCGCACAGGCACCAUGGACACUCUCAAGUUGAAGAGACGUCCGUUGAUCAGGUUGGUGUAGGGUUUCUGGCGUUUUUCGGCUUCUCAAUUAAGCAAGCGAGAGCGUUUACCAAGGUUUUCAGGGCCGCACACCCCAUGCAAGAGAGACUCUUGACUCGACAAGAUCGACACAUAAUAAAGCACCACGAAAUAUGGCAUAACCGCGCCUGCUCUCUUCCUGCAUCCGAGGCAGGGUCAGAGGAAAUAGAAAGCGCCCAUCAAAUGGUACAAGAAGUUAUUUCAUGUGAAUAUAUCGAUGAUGGAACAAGAACCGGAGAGAUGGAGUCCUCAGCAUCCCACGCUAUUGCAAUCUACAAGAUAAGGAAGAUGCAGGAGGAGCAACAACACCUCCUGUCUGAUACUGAAGAUCGAACUUGCACAAAGGACGGCAGCAGACCUCCCGCGAAAGCACUCAGAACAAUCAUGACCAUGCGAAAGCGGCGGAACAGUGUGAGUGAGUCCAACCCAGCACAGGACUAUUGUUUGCUGCAGGAUACGAUACCUCCGAACACACUCCCCAGAGGUCCCUAUGCAAAUGCUGCUGCUGCCAUACGUAAUCAGGAGACCAAAGACCAAGGUGAUACCAACCCACGUACAGUUCAUGAUGAGCUGCUGGUUGCCGGUGGUCACGAGACAAUUCAGAGCAUCAAUAAAGAGGAAGAAAGAAGAUAUGCGUUGAAGAAGAAGAUGACCAGAACACGUCUAGCACUUGCCAUAUGUGCAACAGUGUUGAUAGGAGCUAUCAAUCUGACGGGAUUUGUCCUUUCUACAUUUGUGGAUACAGAAACAUUUAAUUGGAUAUUUUAG